GAUUGUAUUUAUCAUUUUUAGAAGAAUUAUAUUAUAUAUUACAUCCACCAUGACUACAUCAUCGGAAGAUGUUCUAAUGCAAGUAGGACAAGUUCGUUAUAAAAAAGGAGAUGGUACUUUAUAUGUCAUGAAUGAAAGAAUAGCCUGGAUGCUUGAUAACAGAGACACUGUAUCAGUCAGCCACAAAUAUGCUGACAUUAAGUUACAAAAGAUAUCACCAGAAGGAAAAUCAAAAAUACAAUUACAAGUUGUAUUACAUGAUGGUUCAUCAUCUAUAUUUCAUUUUGUAAACAGAAAUGGGCAAGAGGCACAAAUUAAAGAUCGUGAUGAUGUAAAAGAAUUACUUCAGCAAUUAUUACCAAAAUUUAAAAGAAAAGUAAAUAAAGAAUUGGAAGAAAAAAAUAGAAUGCUUCAAGAAAAUCCUGUACUGCUUCAGUUAUACAGAGAUUUGGUUAUUACCCAAGUUAUUUCAUCUGAAGAAUUUUGGUCACAACAUGCUGCAGAAUAUACCCAAGCUAAAAAAAGUCAAAGACAAGAAAUAGGAGUAAAUAGUGCUUUUCUGGCUGAUAUAAAACCACAAACUGAUGGUUGUAAUGGAUUGAAAUAUAAUUUAACUGUUGAUAUUAUAGAAUGUAUAUUUAAGACUUAUCCAGCAGUAAAAAGAAAACAUCAAGAAAAUGUGCCUCAUAAAAUGUCAGAAUCCGAUUUUUGGACAAAAUUCUUUCAGUCACAUUAUUUUCAUCGAGAUCGUAUCAAUGCAGGGACCAAGGAUCUUUUUACCGAAUGUGCCAAAAUAGAUGAUCAAGAACUUAAAAAAGAUAUUCAAUCGGGUAUUGAUGAUCCAUUGGUGGAUAUAACUUCUUUUGAGGAUCAAACUCUAGAUGAUAAUUAUGGGAAUGGACCUAGUAAAUCUGACAAAGUUUCAGGAAAUAUUGUACAUCAAAGUAUGAUUAAGAGAUUUAAUCAACACAGUAUCAUGGUUUUGAAGGCCAGCACUGCCAAGCAAUCUACACAAUCCAUUCAACCACAAUUAAAUGGAUCAACGCCAUCAGCAAGUAAAACUACAACACUGUCUAAUCAGUUAGAUGAACAACCAAAGACUAAGAAACUUAGAAUACAAGAAAAAUUAAUUUAUGAUGAUCUUGAUACCACUCAUGAUAUUAAUACAAAUAAUAGUGCACCAUUAAAUUUGAAUCAUAUAGACAGGUAUUUACAUGGUCCAGUGCCAGGAUAUGGUAAUACGGAACCGACGUCUGAAGAACUUCUUAUGACAUUAAAUCAAUUAAGAAAGGAAGUAAAUGGUUGGCUGACAGGAAAUAGUAUACCAAGGCAAUUAGCAACAUCAUUAGUUAGUCCAGCUGCAGCAGUCUCUGCCUUAGGAGAGUUAACUCCAGGUGGCUCUUUAAUGAAAGGCUUCAGAGAAGAAAGUCUUGGACAAUUAAUACCAAAGGAUUUAGAAAAAGAACUACGUAAUGUAUAUGUGUGUACAUGUGAACUUUUAAGGCAUUUUUGGCGAAGUUUCCCACCUACUACUCCACAGCUUGAAGAAAAAGCUAUUAGAAUGCACGAAGCAUUACAUAGAUUUCAUUCUGCUAAACUUAAGCCUUUUGAAGAUCGUGUUCAACGAGAUUUUUCUGCUGUUAGUCAACAUUUAACAAGUCAUUUAAAUCAACUAUUAAAUACAGCAUAUAGAAAAUUCGCAGUUUGGCAACAACGUAAGAUGCAAAUGAGGUAGCCAUUGAAUAAUUUGUCGUACAAUUAAAAACAACGUGAAUAAAGUAAAGCAAUAUUGGUCAUCCUAUAUAUAUUGCAUUUUAUAAUGUUACCAUAAUUAGGGAUUAAUAUGGGUGUAUUUCACAAAAACCAAAGCUGAAUCAUGUCAUGUAUCCUAUGCUGCCACAUACUGUUUAUUUAUUUUUACAAGUAAUUGUGUUUAUUAUUGUUUUAAAAUUUUCACAAAUAUUUUACUUUGAUCCAUCUGCAAGCGAUAUUUCAUUUCAUUAAUAUUUUCAUAAUAUAGCAUAUAGUUUAUUUAUUUACUUUUCAUAGGUUAUUGUAUAUCAUGUUGCACGUCUUAUAUUAAUCAAUGGUUGAUAUGAUGAAGCUACAAAAUUUUAAGAAUUUAAAUUCAUAAAAAAAUAUAUUACAUGUAGAAUAAAGUUAAUAUUUAUAAAUUCUCAAAAAAAAAAAGCUAUAAUUGCGUAUGGAACGUCUAAAAUUUAUAAAAUGUAACUACGUAGAUCAAUGUGUGUUAAGAGAAAUAUCUAUUGUACGAUAUCAAAGUAGCUGUGAUACCGCCACUGUAUUAUUAAGAUGUAUUAAGAGGUAAAUUUCGUCGUUUUGUGAAUGUUUAUUUCUACAUUAUAAAUAUUCCUAUACAUGUUAAUGGAUUUAGAACAUCAAUCUUUUUCUUGGUAUAUUAUAAUUAUAUGAACGAAGAGUAUGUUCUAUAAAAAGUAUAAACGAAACAAAUAUUGUUUACCUAGAAAUUUACGAACUAUUAAUGCACAGUGGCAUCAGUAUACUUUUUACGAUAUCUGCGAUAUACUCAACUAAGUGUCUUAAUUGUUGAAUCCUAUUUUUUUUUUUUUUUUCUUUUUUUUUUUUUUUUUUUUUCCUUAUAUAUUAUUGGGUAAAGCAAUUUGCAAUUCGAGAUUUCGUAAACUGCCUGCUCACUUUCUCUAUAGUAGCAAUAAUUUGGCAGUUGCCGAGAUGAGUGAUAUCUAACUAAAUCAGUAAAAAACCUUUGAGAUCAUACUCGGAAGUUACGCUAUGAAUACUAUUAUAAUAUCGAUUGUAAAUAUAUUCUUACAUUAUCAUUACAAUAAAUGUUAUUAUUAUGAAUUAUUAUUUAGUUAAUAACAUCCUAUUAAGUGACUAAUUGCUCUUGUUAUUAAAAUAUCAAGUUCAUUAAAAUAUAGAAUUACGCUACUGAUCAACAAGUUAUACAUAUGAUGUACUCAUUGUGUACGUGUGUGUGUUGGGUCUCUUAAAUCUUAUCUAAACUUUUAAUUUUCAUUUAAACUGUAUACAUAAUAAGAUAAGAAAAAUUUCAACAAGUUUAAGGUAUAUCCUUACUUGUUAAUGCAUAAAAAUAGCUAUUUCUCAGGAGAAAUGAAAUUGCUUACAAGUAAGCAAGUUAUCAAGGAGAUAGGGUAUAUCGAGUGGAAAAAUAUUCGGUGCUGAGUUUCUUGAAAAAUCCCGCCUGUUGAUCCCUUUCUCUAAUCCUUAGACAGUAGAUGGCGCAGUUUAUUGUUGAUUUCGUUCAAAAUGGCGGCCUGUAAUGGGCACUACGGGGUAAUAUUGUUCAAUUCCCCGCGAUAAAUGAGCCUAUGCAAAAUUAACUCGCCACGGUGUAUGUGCGAGUACCGAGUCUAGGGUGUAUCCGGAAUGUACACUUUUCUUCGAAUGGUCAAAUCAUGUGAGCGCAAUCACAGCGCCAGCCGAUCGAGUGUCGUGCAUUGGCCAAGUUUGUGUAGCCAUAUUUAUUGUGUUAUUCGGCAAGAAGUUAUACUAUCUUAUACACCGGCAAAUGUAAUUGAUAGCGAAGACAUAUGGCUAUUUAUUAUUAAAGGUAAAAUCAUCGUUUCAGCAUUCGCUUUUAAUAAAAAACGUGGCGAUUUCAUUACCCCUAAUGAAUGAAAAGCGAUUAUAUGAGUAUACAUGUAAAACAUUUAAGGACCUUAGUACCAUAGGACAUGAAAAGACGCUACAUUGAGUUCUUUCCGAUUCUUUAAAAGCGGCGCACAUUUGUUGUUAGUUUCUUUUUAGACCACUGUUUCUACAGUUUACAAACGGUGAAACUUGUGCAAUGCAUUAAAGUUCAUAUCUGUUUCUCUUGUUAUUCUUAGUAGCACACAUUGUGUUGUGCGAUGCAACGAGGAUUUUACGAAAAA